AUGGCGGAGUUGAAGUUGAGACGAUUAACAGAGUUAAAUGCAAGACUGAGGGAGGAUCUGGAUAGACCACGAGUAAAGGUGUCAGAGGCUUGUCAAUCGAUGAUCAACUACACAAAAACUACUAAAGACUUUAUGGUACCGUCGACUUGGGGAUCGGUCGACAAACUCCACGGGGCAGGAACCUUCCCAACUUUACCGAAACGAAUCUCGCAACGCUCAACAAAAUUAUCUCCCACUACCAUCAAACAUUUUCUCGAAUACCCUGUUUUUUUUUCUCUCUCUUAUCAUCAAACACUUUCAAUUCUGGCCAUCGACGGGACCGGCAUAAGCCUAAAAAUAAAUACAUCGACAUGGAGACCAUAA